AUGUGCACAAGCAAGAUCGGGCUGCAGGGUUAUCUCUACGACAUCAACAAGGCCAACACCGGCGAGUGCGAAUGCGGCCGCGGAAGACAGAAGGUGCGACAUACCAUCCUCGAGCGCAGAAACUGGAUAGACGAACGGUACCGGAUGUGGGCAGGCAAGCGAACGUACACGGACAUGAAGCAAAUUCUCUGCAACCCGUCAAUGGCAGUACAAGAAGUCAAAUGA